CGGGCUCGUUUCUUCCGCCGACAACCCCCCAUAACAAGGCAUUCGGGAAAGCUCCGAGUUCAGUUCAAUUUGAUCAACGUUCGGAGUCAAAAAGCUGCUUGCGAGUUACGACAGGGACUAUAGGUGCCAGCAACAGCCGUCUACCAACAACCGUUCAGUGAAACCCACAGUCUAGCGGUCCCCACGCAAGUGCAAAGUGACAGGUUGCGAGUAUUGAAUAGGCUUCCAUUGGAAUACGACGAAGACCUACUCUUUUCACCACAAUGUCUCCGUCUUUGGGAUCCGCACUCCGUCUCGCUGGCCGGUCUCUCUCUGGGCUGAGGCCCAGGCCGUCGCAGCUAUCCACAGCGCCGAAUGCCAGGCCCAUCCUCACACACUCUUGCCAGCGGACCUUUGUAUCAUCCGCUGCGAGCAGGUCCGCUACUGCUGUACAAGACCCUGCGCUGAAAGAAGAUCUCUCUUUCGAAGCAAAUAACUUCGAUAUCCAGAAGGUCGAACAUGAAGGAAGGCCCGUAUAUCUGGAUGUGCAGGCGACAACUCCGAUGGACCCACGAGUAGUCGAAACCAUGCUGCCAUAUAUGACCCGUUUCUUCGGAAACCCCCACUCGCGGACGCACCAAUACGGAUGGGAAUCAGAGAAGGCAGUCGAGCAUGCGCGAAAGGAGGUGGCAGAUCUGAUUGGGGCGGAUCCAAAGGAGAUUGUUUUCACUAGCGGAGCGACGGAAUCGAAUAACAUGAGUGUGAAGGGUGUGGCCCGGUUCUACAAAGCCAAGAAGAACCACAUCAUUACGACGCAGAUUGAGCACAAGUGUGUGCUGGAUUCUUGCCGUGUGCUCCAGGAGGAGGGAUUCGAUGUUACAUAUCUGCCGGUGAAGAAGAACGGGCUCGUCGACUUGGCGGAAUUGGAGAAGGCCAUUCGACCAGAAACAUCAUUGGUCUCCAUUAUGACAGUCAACAACGAAAUCGGUGUCAUUCAACCAAUGGAAGAGAUCGGGAAGAUUUGCCGGGCACACAAGGUCUUCCUGCACACGGACGCUGCCCAGGCCGUAGGGAAGAUACCCGUAGACGUUAACAAAUGGAACGUGGACCUGAUGUCCAUUUCGGGUCACAAAGUAUACGGACCAAAAGGCAUCGGAGCAGUCUACGUACGUCGUCGCCCACGUGUUCGUCUCGAACCCAUCAUGUCCGGCGGUGGCCAAGAGCGUGGUCUGCGUAGCGGGACAGUGCCUACCCCGCUUGUCGUCGGUCUCGGAAAAGCCUGCAGCAUCGCGCAGGCGGAGAUGGGCAAAGACGCCGCGCAUAUCAAGGAACUGUCGGACCGUCUAAUCAAUGGCAUCAACGCCAAGGUUGAUAUGGUCGUCAGGAACGGGGACCCGGACUCGACAUACCCCGGCUGCGUCAACCUGUCCUUUUCCUAUGUGGAGGGAGAGUCGUUGUUGAUGGCUCUGAAGGACAUCGCAUUGUCAUCCGGCUCAGCUUGCACCUCAGCGUCCCUCGAACCGUCAUACGUCCUGAGAGCACUUGGUGCCGAUGAGGAUAUGGCGCACUCGUCUAUCCGGUUCGGAAUCGGCAGGUUCACAACCCAGGAAGAGAUCGACUUUGCUGUUCAGCGUGUUGUUCAACAUGUCAGCAGGCUUAGGGAGAUGAGUCCAUUGUGGGAAAUGGUCCAGGAAGGUAUCGACCUGAAGAGCAUCCAGUGGGCACAGCACUAGUCAUAGUCAUAGUCACGAAUCUUUCGCCCAAACGCUCGAACUCAACCUCACCUUGAGAUCGCCGAUCCCCAUCGCAUUAUGCAACAAUCGACCCGACCCGGCUCACGUCCGACGGAUCUCUCCUUUAGAGAGCAUAUGUAGCUUGUGCAGCAGUGCGUUCCACGUGGGCAACCUAGUUCUGGCCGUUGGCAUCGUAAUGUGUAGCUCCUUCUCCCAUUCACAAGUUCCGUUGCCCACAUCCCCUACUCAAAAGGGAAAGCACUGAUGGCGAUACUUUCUUCUUACGCAAAACACACACUGUCUUUGUAAAUAAUAUCACUUCACCCGCUUUGGGCAUCGUAAUCAUUCACGCAUUUGCAAACUUUAUGACUUUGGAAUAAGGAAG